GGUGAGGGCUGUCGGUUCGGGAGUAUCUGGAGGAGGUAUCACAGAGAAGAGGCUCGGUGCUGGCCACAAGUGACAGCAGCCUCGGACGUAGGGAGGCCCCGGGGCUGUCACAUCGCCACGGCCGGUUCUCGGCACUGCAGAGGGAGCCGGCCUGGGGAAGCGGCUGAGGAGACUGCCAGGAGGGACGUGGAAGAGGCGGCAGCUGCAGGAUUUUUGCAGUGUAUGGAGGGAGUUUCAGAGUCUCACAGACACCAUCUGGAUCACGGUUUCCAAGAUUCCUGCCUGACGUGAGACUCGUAGUGCAGUCAUGUUCCGCAACAGUCUGAAGAUGCUUCUCAGUGGUGGAAAAUCGAACAGGAAAAAUCGUUCCAGUGAUGGGGGGAAUGAGGAGCCACAGGAGCGGAGGCAGCACAGUGUAGACUCCCGCCACGGCCGGGCUUCACAAGGUGGCUCCUCUUCUGAAAACGACUGUGCGUUUGAGCCGGAUUACUCCAUCACCUCUCUCCCUGUGCCAGAGGGCAUGCAGCAUAUACGUAUGAUGGAGGGCAUGUCCCGCUCGCUGCCCUCCUCGCCCCUUCUUACUCACCAAGCCAUCAGUGUGCGGCUUCAGCCAGUCAAGAAACUAACUGCCCCACUGAGGAAAGCAAAGUUUGUGGAGAGCCCCAGAAUUCCAGAAUCUGAAUUGGGAUCCCCAACUCUUGGCUCAUCCCAGAAACUGGACGCUGAUGCCUACCUGUUGGGGGAAGAGGAGUCUGUCUUGGGCCCUCCUCCAUCUGUUGAUGAGGCUGCCAACACCCUCAUGACCCGACUGGGCUUCCUCCUGGGUGAAAAGGUCCCCGACGUCCAAGCUGCAGGUCCCCAGUACAGCAUGGAGGGGCAAGAAGAAAACCAGGGCUCUGCAGUAACCCAGCGGAUUAGUCCAUGUUCCACCUUAACCAGCAGUACAGCCUCUCCACCUGCCAGCAGCCCGUGCUCCACCCUCCCUCCCCCCAACACUACUGCACCCACCAAGGAUUGCAGCCCCACUUCCACCCUGGAGAGCAGGGACAGUGGCAUUAUUGCUACCCUGACCAGCUACUCGGAGAACGUGGACCGUUCCAAGUAUGGCGCAGACAACAAGGAGCUUGGCUCUCGAGGGUGUGUGAAGCAAGGCCAGAAGUCAGUGGAUUCAAGUCUCUACCGGGUGGAUGAGAAUAUAAUGGCCUCUACUUUCAGCUUAAAUAAAAUCCCAGAGAGGGGACUGGACACUGGACUCUCCCAAUCCGUACAGUCCAUCCCACUCUACCUCAUGCCCCGCCCCAACUCCGUCGCAGCCACGAGCUCUGCCCACCUGGAGGACCUUGCAUACCUGGAUGAGCAGAGACAUACACCCUUGCGGACCUCCUUACGAAUGCCACGUCAGACCCUUGCCGGACCACGUACCCCACAAGAUCUCCGAGUCCGCUUUGCGCCGUAUCGGCCGCCGGACAUCUCCUUGAAACCGCUGCUCUUUGAGGUGCCGAGUAUCACAACAGACGCCACGUUUGUUGGUCGAGAUUGGCUUUUCCAUGAGAUUGAUGCACAACUGCAGAGCGAAGAUGAGAGUGUGAAUCGGGGUGUAGUGAUCUGUGGCAAUAUUGGGUUCGGCAAAACUGCUAUUAUCUCUCGGCUGGUAUCUCUUAGCUGCCAUGGGACACGCUUGAGACAGCUCACAUCCGACAGCCCCCAUGCAUCACCAAAGCAUUCUGAGGCUAAUCGUGAAUUGGCACAGACAGGACAGAGUCAUUCUGGAAUCUCUAGUGGUAGUUGCCCAGGAACUCCUGAAAUGCGUAGAAGACAAGAAGAAGCUAUGCGGAGGAUAGCAGCACAGGUGGUGGCGUAUCACUACUGCCAGGCUGACAAUGCAUAUACCUGCCUAGUGCCUGAAUUUGUUCACAAUGUGGCUGCUCUGCUGUGUCGUGCACCCCAGCUAGUAGCUUACCGGGAGCAGCUACUACGUGAACCACAUUUACAGAGCCUGCUUAGUCUAAGGUCCUGUGUUCAAGACCCAGCGGCAUCUUUUCGCAGGGGUGUUCUUGAGCCACUAGAAAAUCUAUACAAAGAGAGAAAGAUUCCAGAUGAAGAUUACAUUAUCCUAAUAGACGGGCUAAAUGAAGCAGAGUUCCACAAGCCAGACUACGGCGAUACCAUUGUGUCCUUCCUAAGCAAGAUGAUAGGAAAAUUCCCCCAUUGGUUGAAGCUCAUUGUUACUGUGAGGACCACCCUGCAGGAAAUCACCAAACUUCUUCCCUUUCACCGAAUUUUCUUGGAUCGAUUGGAAGAAAAUGAGGCCAUAGAUCAGGAUCUUCAGGCCUACAUCUUGCAACGCAUACACAGCAGCUCUGAAAUCCAGAACAAUAUCUCACUCAAUGGUAAAAUGGACAACACGACAUUUGGAAAACUCAGUUCCCACCUCAAGACUUUGAGCCAAGGUUCCUACCUAUACCUGAAGCUUACAUUUGACCUCAUAGAGAAGGGCUACUUGGUACUCAAGAGCUCCAGUUACAAAGUUGUUCCUGUUUCGCUGUCUGAGGUGUAUCUCUUGCAAUGUAAUAUGAGGUUUCCCACACAAUCCUCCUUUGAGAGGGCCCUUCCUCUUCUCAAUGUUGCUGUGGCUUCUCUCCACCCAUUGACAGAUGAGCACAUCUUCCAGGCCAUCAAUGCAGGUAGUGUGGAUGAAGGUUUAGAGUGGGAGGACUUUCAACAGCGUAUGGAAAACCUUUCCAUGUUCUUGAUUAAACGGAGAGACCUGACCCGAAUGUUCGUUCAUCCGUCCUUCAGAGAAUGGUUAAUAUGGAGAGAAGAUGGAGAGAAAACCAAGUUUCUUUGUGAUCCCAGGAACGGACAUAUCCUGCUGGCCUUCUGGUUUUCUCGUCAGGAGGGGAAGCUGAACAGGCAACAGACCAUAGAGCUCGGCCAUCACAUCCUGAAAGCACAUAUCUUCAAGGGUCUUAGUAAGAAGGUUGGUGUCUCCUCAUCUAUCUUGCAAGCACUGUGGAUUUCCUACAGCACAGAUGGCCUUUCCAUGGCACUAGCAUCUCUAAGAAACCUCUACACUCCUAAUAUCAAAGUGAGCCGCCUUCUGAUAAUGGGUGGAGCCAAUGUAAACUACCGCACUGAAGUGCUGAACAAUGCCCCGAUCCUGUGUGUUCAGGCCCAUCUAGGGUACACUGAGAUGGUGGCACUGCUGCUAGAGUUCUCCGUUAACGUUGAUGCCAGUUCGGAGAGUGGCAUGACCCCUCUAGCAUACUCUGCAGCCUCAGGUCAUCUGACAAUUGCCAUGUUACUGUGUAAGAGGAGAGCCAAGGUGGAUCUUCUGGAUAAGAACGGACAGUGUGCGCUAGUGCACGCUGCUCUGCGGGGCCACCUGGAGGUUGUAAAAUACCUUAUCCAGUGUGACUGGACAAUGGCUGGACAACAACCUGGAGUCCUAAAGAAAAGUCAAGCCAUACAGCAAGCGCUGAUUGCAGCUGCCAGCAUGGGAUACUCAGAGAUCGUCUCUUAUCUUCUGGACCUACCAGAAAAAGACGAGGAGGAGGAACAGAGAGCUCAGAUUAAUAGCUUUGAUGGGCUGUGGGGGGAGACGGCUUUAACAGCUGCUUCAGGUCGUGGAAAACUUGAUGUUUGCCGCCUACUUCUUGAACAAGGAGCAGCUGUAUCCCAACCCAACCGGAGAGGUGUUGUUCCAAUAUUCAGUGCUGUACGACAAGGACACUGGCAGAUUGUGGACCUGCUGCUUACACACGGUGCAGAUGUUAACAUGGCAGACAAGCAGGGUCGUACUCCAUUAAUGACCGCUGCAUCAGAAGGGCAUGUAGCCACUGUGGAGUUUCUGUUGGCACAAGGGUCUUCCAUUGGGCUUAUGGACAAAGAGGGACUGACAGCUCUCAGCUGGGCCUGCCUCAAAGGGCAUCUUGCUGUGGUGAGGUUGUUGGUGGAAAAUGGAGCAGCCACUGACCAUGCAGACAAAAAUGGGCGCACACCGCUUGAUCUUGCAGCUUUUUAUGGAGAUGCUGAUGUGGUGCAGUUCCUGGUAGACCACGGUGCAAUGAUUGAACAUGUGGACUACAGUGGGAUGCGACCCCUCGACAGAGCCGUGGGCUGCAGGAACACUUCCGUUGUGGUAGCCCUUCUGAAGAAAGGGGCCAAAAUAGGUCCAGCCACCUGGGCCAUGGCAACGUCCAAACCAGACAUCAUGGUCAUUCUGCUGAGUAAACUGAUGGAAGAGGGCGACAUGUUCUACAAGAAAGGGAAAGUAAAAGAAGCUGCUCAGAGAUACCAGUACGCCAUGAAGAAGUUUCCUCGGGAGGGCUUUGGAGAAGAUUUAAAGACUUUUCGAGAACUGAAGGUGUCACUUCUACUCAACCUGUCCCGAUGUCGUCGGAAGAUGAACGACUUUGGAAUGGCAGAGGAAUUUGCUACCAAGGCAUUGGAAUUGAAACCAAAGUCAUAUGAGGCGUUCUAUGCUCGAGCAAGGGCCAAACGGAGCAGCAGACAAUUUACAGAAGCCUUGGAAGACCUGAAUGAAGCAAUCCAGCUCUGCCCAAACAAUCGAGAGAUCCAGCGGCUUCUUAUGAGAGUGGAAGAGGAAUGCAGGCAAGUCCAACAAGAGGAAGAGGUCCAGGAGCUUCAAGAUGAACCAGAGGCAGAAGUACAAAAUGAAGACAUAGAUUCUAACCAGGAAGACAUCUAUGAGGAAGAGUACCUGGAACAGGACUUAGACAGUGUUCCUGUAGGAUUGCAGAGUGAAGUAAGACAAUGUCAGGGCCUUCCAGGCUUGCAAAGUCCUCCACAGUCUCCUGCUCAUCGGGAUUCUAGCUAUAUGUCAGGCUCGCACCAAGUAUUUGACUUUCGAUCAAACAGCUCUGUUGGCUCUCCUACACGGCAAGGUUAUCAAUCCACAUCUCCAUCCCUCUCUCCAACACACCAGAACUCUCACUAUCGUCCUAGUCCUCCCCAAACAUCUCCUGCUCAUCAGAGUUCUUCCUACCGCUUUAGUCCACCUCCUGUAGGAGGUCAGGUCAUGGACUACCCUAGCCCACCACCCUCGCCAUUAAGACGGGCCCCUCAGUAUAGAGCUAGCCCUCCUAGCGAAAGUAUUGGUAUGUAUAGACAACAGUCUGGUUCUCCAGUUAGGUAUCAGCAAGAGCCAUGUGUUAGUCAGCAUCCUGGAAGACCAAAGUCUCCACUGUCUAAGAUAUCUCAGCGGUCUUUCCAAAUGUCACAGCUUCCCACUGCAGUUCCACAACCUGCACACAGAUUACAGCCAGCUAAGGCACAAAUUGUACGUAGCAACCAACCCAGUUCUUCAGUACACUCUAGUGCAGUAAUUUCUGGAGGUACAUAUGGACAGGUGGCACAUGGUAUGGCUAGUAAAUACCAGACAUCAUCUGGAGAGAUGAGUCAAAGCCGAUUAGUAUAUCAAGCCUCCCUUGGUGGUCUUAUAGCUGAUGGACGUCCAAUGCAGCAUGUGCAGGCCAGUUUGAGUGCAGGAGCCAUUUGCCAGCAUGGUGGAAUUGCCAAGGAAGACAUACCCCAGCGGCCAACUUCAGCCUAUCGAGGUGGCAUGAGAUAUAACCAGACUCCUCAAAUUGGCCGUAGUCAGUCUGCAUCAUAUUAUCCAGUAUGUCACACCAAGCUGGAUCUUGAGCGCCAGCAAAGCCAACUAGGUUCCCCAGAAGUUUCCCAUCUUAUAAGAAGGCCUGUGAGUAUUAAUCCUGCAGAAAUCAAGCCUCACCCACCUACUCCAAGACCACUAUUACACUCACAAAGUGUAGGACUUCGUUUUUCUCCAUCUAGCAACAGUAUUUCAUCCUCUUCCAACCUGUCUGCCACUUUCCGACCAUCUGCAUCCAUACAACAGAUGGAGAUCCCACUUAAGCCAGCAUAUGAAAGACUCUGUGAUGAGUUAUCUCCUGUAUCCCCACCCCAAGGAGGUUACCCUAGUGAGCCAACACGCUCUAGGACCACCCCCUUUAUGGGUAUAAUUGACAAGACAGCACGGACUCAACAGUAUCCCCACCACCAUCAGCAGAGUCGGACAUGGGCUGUCUCCUCUGUUGAUACUGUUCUCAGUCCUACAUCUCCUGGCAUCAUGCCCCAACAAGAAUCCUUCAGUCCCCCUUCCUCUAUCAGCAACAUCGCCUUUUAUAACAAAACCAACAAUGCACAGAAUGGGCAUCUGCUUGAAGACGACUACUACGGUCCGCAUGGUGUGCUGGCUAAUGGCUCUCGAGGGGACAUAUUGGAGAGAGUCACACAGGCCUCCUCCUAUCCUGAUGUCAAGGUGGCCAGAACACUGCCUGUUGCACAGGCUUACCAGGACAACCUGUACAGGCAACUGUCUCGGGACUCUCGGCAGGGCCAGACUUCGCCCAUCAAACCAAAGAGACCCUUCGUGGAGUCUAAUGUGUAGGACAAUAUAGUUUCCCAUCCCUGUUCCCUUUUUUCCGAUACAACUCUUUUCCUUCGCUAUAUGAAUACCUCCCUAAAAAAAAACUGGUAAUUGAGCAACUUUUCUUAAAGGUUUCAGACUCCUCUCCCAGUCCCUGUAGUGUUCUCCUCUGACCCAUCCCAUUGGGUAGAGCUGGUCUUUUAGUACUUUAGGUUGUGCUAUGUUUAGCAAUGAACAGUUUGGGUCCCCAGACUAUGUUUAUGGACACUUUGUCUGCUUUCCCAACCUCCCAAGUUAAUUUGGGAUUUUAUAUUUCAAUUUCAAGUAAUUGCACUUAAGUCACUAGGAUAUUCCUGCAGACCUGGGCCCCUCUAAUCCUAGUUGGAGUGAGACCAUGUUUUCUUCAUACUUUAGCAGGCAGUAUGCUUCAGGCUUGCUUAUAACCCUGCACGUUGGGAACAUGGAAAAACAAAGGCCACAUGCGGCACAAUAAGGAUCUGGAAAUCAGUAAACAAAGGGCUCUAUACAUUGUAACAUUAAACUUACAUGUCAUUGCUCCACAACAGACUUUUAACUAUAUGUCUACAUGUAGUGUGAUUUUUUUUAUUUUUAUGAUGUUAUUACUGGGUCUGGUUCUUGCAUCACAAACCCCAGUCUUUCUAAUUGGUGUCUGUGUAAGAAAUGUAGACAAAUGUGAUAUCUUGUGACAUAGACUAAAUGGUGAUGGAGCAAAUCAUGCGGACAAGUCUGUACUCACAAAGGAACAGAAAGAGGACAGCGCUGGGCGCUAUAUAGCGUAGUAUAGUUGAGAUGCACCAAAGGAUGUUACUUGCAGCUUAAAUUAUAUUGCACUCACAUUGUAGGGUUGUGAUAAGCCACAACCAAAUUCUGUAAUACUGUGACACGUCGGGAGGCCACUUUAUAGUUUGCCUUGACAUAUGUACACUGUACACAUAAGACUAUUGUUGGAAGGACUGGCCAACACUCUAAUGUAUAUGGGGAGCUCCCGACUCUUCCCCAAGAGAUGAUGUUGGGGGAAAGAAGGAUCGGCGUAUUGAAUUUCAAUACCCUAUUCUUUUAUUCUUCCUAGUAAAAAGUCACUGCCAGAAGGUUCUGGAAUUAGCUUUGUCCUCUCUCCCCAUUGAAAACACACACACACGGCUUAGCCAAGUGUGUAUGGGGAAGUCAGGAGACAUAGCUUUUGAAAGUAUGGGAACCUUUAGGUCAGGGUCAUACACCUCUGUUAAAAUGGAGAGCAUUCUCCUCCUACAAGAUCAAAUCUAACAGGUAAGAGAGAGGAACAGUGUUCAUUUUAUACCUCACCUACCUGUUGUGUUUGUUCAGUCUUUGGCCACAUUCAGAUGCCCAUGGCCACAUUUUAGUGACCUUAUCAGUCACAAGAUUUGGACGCCCUGUGGUUCAAGUGAACCAACUUGCAUAGAACCCUAUGUUGAUCUACGUUUGGUUUACUAUAACCAUGCAGGGGUAAUGGGUCUUGUGGAUGCUAAAAUGUAGCUGCAGCCUAAGACUAUGUUCAGAUCAGUGUCAGGACCUCCUUCACACAGUUUGUCAAAAAUAGUGGAGAGAAAAGUCCUAUAUGCGAAAAAAAACACCUCCCACGUGGAAACCUAACGGAUCCCAUUAUAGUUAAUGGGAUCUGUUAGGCGCUGUUCCUGUCAAUCAUGUGCCGAAUCCAGAACUUCCAUUAUUUUCAUUCCCAUAACUGAGCAGAAGAACGGAAAUAAAUAGUGCUGGAAGCACCUUAAGCCAGGAGAAAUCCCAGUUGACCAGUAUAAAUUUACCUACAGUUAGACACACGAUUUCCUGAAUCACAAAAUUCAGUCUGUCACAAAAGCACAGUGUAACAAAGGACAAUAAUACUAUCUAAAUUACUUGCAAAAUUUAGAUUUUGGUGUCCUCAGAAGAAUACUGAAUAUGGUGUGCUGAUGUUUAGUGACAGCUCCUUUUUUCUACUUCUAGACUUUGACUAAAAUAUUUUUGAAAGGAAGGGGUUUGUGAAACAAGAUCCAGGACGUCACCAGCAGUCUGGUGUCCUAGGACAGGUAAACAUGGUCUAGACAGACAGAUGGAGUGGAUUAUUUUACUGGUAAAUAAUCUGCCCAGACCUGAUGCAUAAACCAAGGGAUGAAAGAGCCACAUGCGGCCAUCUUCAUGACACAGAUACAGCUCCAGCCCCAACAUGGUUUUCAGCUUGGAAGCAUCAGUUUUCUCAGGUGUCUAGUUACCUUUCCACAGACAGCAGCAGGUUAUCCUAAGCGUUCUUGGUUGCCUGCAAUCAGAGGUUCAACAAGAAGGGCUUACGUGUUCUGAGGCAUCUUUACUGCAGGGCCACAAUUUGAUGACACUUUCUACCAGAAGGAAGACCUAAGAAUAAAACCACUUCAGUUCCAUGAUAUUUUAGGACAAGUCUAAUUUCCAUACACCAUAAAGAAAUUAGUGGGGGGUAGGUUGUAUUCAGUAAUUGUAUGUUAAAAAAGGGGACGUACCAAAGCAUUAUCAGGAAAAUUUGUCUGCAAAUGCUGACAUUUUUAUUGUUCUUCCACAAGUAUUGGCAUUUUUCUACACAGUUGCAGUGAACAUUUUUGCAAAAGUGAAUAACCAUAUUGGUUAUCACUUUUGACUCCUUAGUGACCAUCAAUGCACCUUUUUACGGUGGUCACUAAGGGGCCUUAGAGUAUGCCGCCUUUUUACAGUGGCCUUGUGUAUGCGCUGCAUGGGUAUCCUGUGCAGCGGAGAGUGAGGGCACAGUCCCGAUUGGCAGAAGUGGUCAUUUACACUGUUCAAGCCCUUAGAUGCCACAGUCAAUAGCGAGCGUGGUAUCUAAGUGGUUACAGAGGGAGCGGACUCCCUCUGUCUCUCAUUGGCAUAAAUGAAAUUGUGGGGUGCCAAUGUCUGUGCACAGCACAUGCAAAAUUUAGAACAUAAAAACGAAGUCACUAUAUUGCUGUUUUUUCUUCUAUCCCCGCCCACCAGAAAGAGGUAAUAAAUGUUAAUCAGUAAGUUAUGGGUACCCCAAAAUGAUGCCGCAAAAAAAGCCCUCAUACGGCUGCAUUGAUGGAAAAAUAAAAAAGUUAUAGCUCUUGGAAUGUGAUGAUGAAAAAUUAGCUUAAGGC